CGAAUCAUCUCCAGAGCGGGCAACGAUAUCCAGGCGAUCAAUCGGACACAGCCAUGGAGGCCGAGAUCAGGGCCGUUCUCCCCAACAUCGACCCGGUCGUGUCCGAUUACUCGGUUGGCUACCUGACCCAUGCUUCAACCGCCUGGUCCGACGAAGAGAGCGACGCCCACGUCUCCCCUCUCAACGAGGCAGCGGCGAUAAUCACCGAGUUGCUCGUCUCCGCCUCCGGAGGCGCAGACCCCGCCCAGGAAGAGAAGAUCAAGCAGCUCGUCGAGAAAUGGGUCGACAAGUACGCCGAAGCGAACGGAGGCGAGCGCCGAGGGCCCUCGGCCAUCAGGAGGCUCGACCAGACGAUCCAGGUCAGCUCCCAGCGCAACAUGUCCUCCACGCUGGCCGUGGCCGGCGGCGCCGUCGACCUCGAGUCUGCCAAUGUGCGCAAGGUCGAGUCCAAGGUCGACCGCAAGAAGCUGGAAAAGGCCGAGCGCAAGAUUGCCGCCAAGCAGCAGAAGAAGACGUUCAAGACGGUCGAGUACGAGGCGUCGAGGUUGCUGGAGCAGCCCGAGGAUGCGCAGUCGUAUGAGGAGUUUUACAUGGCUGUCAACCCGCUCCAGCUUGGCGCGUCGGGGGCCAACAAGACCAAGGAUAUCAAGCUGGAUAACAUCGAUGUGUCCAUCGGCGCCAAUCGCAUUCUGACCGAUACCACGCUUACGCUGGCAUAUGGCCAUCGCUACGGUCUCGUUGGUAACAACGGUGUGGGUAAAUCCACGCUGCUGAGAGCUCUCUCCAGGAGAGAAGUGCCCAUUCCGACGCACAUUUCUAUCCUCCACGUCGAGCAAGAGAUUACCGGUGACGAUACUCCAGCUCUACAGGCCGUUCUCGACGCCGACGUGUGGAGAAAAGUUCUUCUCAGGGAACAAGAGGACCUUACGGCUAGGUUGGCAGAUUUGGAGGCCCAGCGAGCUCCUCUGGCCGACACUUCGGCAGAUGCUGCCCGAUUAGAUCUGGAAAAGGAGACCUUGGACACCAAGCUAGGCGAUGUCCAAGCCAAGCUGGCCGAGAUGGAAUCCGACAAGGCAGAGUCUCGUGCCGCCAGUAUCCUGGCUGGUCUCGGUUUCUCGCCCGAGAGACAACAGUACGCGACAAAGACCUUCUCAGGCGGUUGGCGUAUGCGUCUGGCGCUGGCGCGUGCUCUGUUCUGCGAGCCUGACUUGCUGUUGCUCGACGAACCGUCCAACAUGUUGGACGUCCCUUCGAUUACUUUCCUUUCAAACUACCUCCAAGACUACCCAAGCACUGUUCUCGUCGUCUCUCACGACAGAGCGUUCCUCAACGAAGUCGCGACGGACAUUAUCCACCAACACUCCCAGCGACUCGACUACUACCGCGGAGCCAACUUCGAGUCCUUUUAUGCCACGCGCGAGGAGCGGAAAAAGGUGGCCAAGAGAGAAUACGAGAAGCAGAUGGCCGAGCGAGCACAUCUGCAAGCCUUUAUCGACAAGUUCCGGUACAAUGCGGCCAAGUCGUCGGAGGCGCAGUCCCGUAUCAAGAAGCUGGAGAAGAUGCCCGUGUUGGAACCGCCGGAGAAGGAAUACGACGUCAAGUUCCAGUUCCCCGAGGUGGAAAAGCUGUCGCCUCCCAUCAUCCAGAUGUCAGGGGUCAGCUUUGGAUAUUCCGCCGACAAGCCGCUGCUCAGCAACGUGGAUCUCGAUGUUCAGCUGGAUUCCCGUAUCGGCAUCGUCGGACCCAACGGUGCGGGUAAGACGACGGUCUUGAAGUUGCUUGUGGGCAAGCUGGAGCCGACAAAGGGCCUCGUCACGUCGCACCCAAGGCUUCGCAUCGGCUUCUUUGCGCAGCACCACGUGGACUCGCUCGACCUCACUAUGAGUGCCGUCAGCUUCAUGGCCAAGGCGUAUCCCGGAAGGACGGACGAAGAGUAUCGACGGCAGCUGGGAGCCUUUGGCAUCACGGGCACGACGGGUCUGCAGAAGAUGGCCCAGCUCUCGGGAGGUCAAAAGUCGAGAGUGGCAUUCGCCUGCCUGGCACUGACGCAGCCGCACAUUCUGGUGCUCGACGAGCCGUCCAAUCACUUGGACAUUGAGGCCAUGGACGCGCUGGCGGAGGCGCUGAACGAGUUCCAGGGCGGCGUGCUGAUGGUUUCGCACGACGUGACGAUGCUGCAGACGGUAUGCACGUCGCUGUGGGUGUGCGACGGCGGCACGGUCGAGAAGUUUGACGGCACGGUGCAGCAGUACAAGAAGAAGAUUGCGGCUCAAGCAGAUGCCGCAGGUGUUGUCAAGGCUCAUUAG